UUCAAUCAAUCUCAAUAGCUGUAGAACCAAGAAAACCCACAAAAGUAGACAAUCAAUCUCUCCAAGAAACCAGAAGAUUCCCACAUAAAACAAACAGCGAAAAUAAAGUGGGAGGAAGAGCAUCACAAACACAAAGAACCCCUUUCCUUUGUUCUUUCUUUAUCUUUAUCUUUUUAUCUUUAAUCUUUGAUCUUCUUCAUCGAAUUGCAGAGCAGCAGCACCAAUUUCUUUGAUAAGAGAGUGAAUCAUUCUUCAUCCCCUCGAGUUUCUUUGAGAAAACAAAACUGGAUGCUGCUGCUUCAACCCUAAUCACAUUCCAAGAACAUCAGGCAAGGAUAAGAGUUGGGUGUUUUCCGUUUUUAAGAUUUUCUUGAUGACUAUGAAUAAUAUCCCAUCGGCACCUGGGAAAUUCAAGAUGGAUAAAUCCCCCUACAUUCAUAGAUUCAGAUGGCAGUAUUCAUCUCUAGCAAAACUCACAUUUUGGAGCUUUGUUUUCUUGGGAUUGAUCGUGGUUUUCUUCUUCAAAUCACCAUCCACAUCACCACCAAACUCAAUGCCAUCAGAUCUCUCUCGCAGAUCUUUAAAAACCAGUUCUUGGGGCGGACCCGCUUGGGAAAAACGGGUCAGAUCAUCUGCCCGGAUCCGUUCCAGUAAUGGGUUAUCAGUCUUGGUAACCGGAGCAGCCGGGUUCGUCGGUACCCACGUCAGCGCCGCCUUGAAACGCCGUGGAGAUGGUGUUUUAGGUCUUGAUAACUUCAACGACUAUUACGACCCAUCAUUAAAGAGAGCUCGCCAAGCUUUACUUGAAAGGAGUGGCAUUUACAUCGUGGAAGGAGAUAUAAACGACGUCACAUUGCUUAAGAAACUCUUUGAGGUAGCCCCUUUUACUCAUGUAAUGCAUUUAGCUGCUCAAGCUGGUGUUAGAUACGCCAUGGAAAACCCAAGUUCUUAUGUUCAUAGUAAUAUUGCUGGCUUUGUUUCUCUUCUUGAAGUCUGUAAGAAUGCCAAUCCACAGCCUGCUAUAAUCUGGGCAUCAUCUAGUUCUGUUUAUGGAUUAAAUACCAAAGUACCCUUUUCAGAAAAAGAUCGAACCGAUCAACCUGCAAGCUUAUAUGCAGCCACUAAAAAGGCUGGUGAAGAGAUUGCACACACUUAUAAUCAUAUAUAUGGUUUAUCUUUAACUGGUUUAAGGUUCUUUACUGUUUAUGGACCUUGGGGAAGGCCAGACAUGGCUUAUUUCUUUUUCACAAGAGAUAUCUUGAAAGGGAAAUCGAUUCCGAUCUUUGAAGCUGCAAAUCAUGGAACUGUGGCUCGUGAUUUUACGUACAUUGAUGAUAUUGUAAAGGGUUGUUUGGGUGCUUUAGAUACUGCUGAAAAGAGUACAGGAAGUGGUGGGAAGAAGAAAGGGUCUGCACAAUUGAGGGUUUUUAAUUUGGGGAACACUUCGCCGGUUCCUGUUUCAGAACUUGUGAGCAUUUUGGAGAGGCUGCUGAAAGUGAAGGCGAAAAGGAAGGUGAUGAAGUUGCCUAGAAACGGCGAUGUUCAGUUUACACAUGCGAAUAUUAGUUUUGCACAGAGGGAGUUUGGUUAUAAGCCAACAACGGAUCUUCAAACGGGAUUGAAGAAAUUCACGAGGUGGUAUGUUGGUUACUAUGGUUCGGGGAAGAAAGGCGACCAUUGAAUGGAUGAAAGAUUCGAACUUGAGGUCUCAUAUGGUAACAUUAUUCUCAAAUUCUUGUUAAUUUUGGUAUUCACAUUAUUGUUUCUGUUCAUCUUCUGCAUGAUCUUUGUUCUCAUAUAUCGUAAAAAAAAGAAAGAAAUCGUACAAACGAUGAGGAAUCGGUUUUUGUGAUUUGUACCAAAAGAACUUAAGAACAUGUUUGUUUUUUUAUUUCUACUUGUGGGAAUGUAAUUGUUAUAGUUUCGUUAUUGAUAGAAGAACAGAUUUUCGUUAUUUGGUGUAUCAUUUUAUGAAAUUCAAAUAAAUAGAAGACAAUGUUUUAAAUGU